GGGGCCUUGUUCGCAAUGGCUCGCAAGCAGAAAACAGGUUGUCGCUGGAAACGCUGGUGUUGGAGUUUGGUGGCAGCUGUUCUGGUGUUGCUUGUAGUGCGGGGCACCUUGUCAGGAGAAGUCUUUGCGGCGGAAGUGGCAUCUGGUGCUUCAGGAGAGACAGUCCUGCUACAGGCAGCACAACCACAAACUCAAACCAACGAAGGGUUGCAACCGCUGCGUCCAAAGGCUCAGCCCACCUGGCAACUGCAUGAGCUUCCAAUUGUGCCGGGCUGCGAAGGUUGUUGUAGCCAGGAUGUGCACAAUGUUCCAUGUUUGGACGUGGAGAAGUGUGCUGAAGAGGGACCUGUCAAAGGAAAAUAUGCCUUGGUCUUGAGCCAUUGGGGAAGACCAAGCGAAGGGAUGUUGGGCUCCAUCAAAUCCAUGAGAGCUGCAGCUGACAAGCUGGGGCAAACUGAUCUUCUGAUGGUGAUGUUGAAGUCAGAUGCCAAUCAAACCACACCCAAGAUUGCCAAGCUCUUCCAAAAGUGGGGAAUCAAACUGUAUACCGUUGAUUGGGACGUGCCGCCGAAUGCAAAGCAUUAUCCAAAGAAGGAUUGGUGUGGUCACCAAGACCUUAUCCGCUUAAACGUUCUUGGGAUUGAGGGCUAUGAUGCCGUUGCCUACUUUGAUGGCGACUGUGAGUUUCAGGGUGAUAUCACUCCAAUGAUGCGAUGCGCUGCUUCGGGGAAGUUUCUGAGCACUUCUGGUGGAAUGGGUGAAGCCCUCAACGUGGGCUUCUUCACCGUGAAGCCAGAUAAACGCCUUGUGGAUGCAGCUGUCUUGUUUGCUCAGCAAAAUGCCUUUGAUCACAACACUGGUUGGGGCGGUGCUGGAUGGGCGCCGAAUGGUGGGUACUACGUUGGUGGCGAAUGUGGACAGGGCUUCUUCUACACUUUGUUCUACAGAAAAUCCGAAGGUAGCAAAAGAGCGCUGGAAAGUGUCGGCCUGUGGGAUACCUUCCAAGCAGCACAGUUGGAUCGUUGCAUAUGGAACUACCAGACAGACAGCUCUUGUCGAGCAGACUUGGACUGCCGACAUGUCCGAGUUCAUCACAAGCCCACACGUGAGCGGGGCUCUGAAAAGGAGUGCGACAAGCUCCAAUUCAGGCACCGUCGUGAAAGUUUGCUGCAUCGCCAGACAGUCUCAAGGCCACCACCUACUGAAGAAGAGCUCCGCUGGGCUCGGGAAGGGCGCUUGCUGAAGCAUUCGGCUGGUCUGUGCCUACGGUCCUCAGAAGAGGAUGGCGAUGGCACGCUGAUGCUAUUGAGCUGCUCUUUUCCUCCGGUUGAGAAGAACAUCCGAGUGGUGGAAGCAGAGGAUCAAGUUCUCUUGAAGCAGGGCGGCAGGUGCACUCAUGUCGAGGGGGAUGAUGAUCCAGAGAUGACGCCCAAGGAGCCGAGAUUGGCUUUUCCAGUGGACUGUGCAUCGAAGACCUACCAGCCACACUUCAAGAAGAUUCCCUCAACUGCGAAAGGUCCGAAAGGUGGUUUUCUCUUACGGCAUGAGUCUGGGCGAUGCAUUCAUCCCUAUGAGGGCGCGGUGGAUCCACGACCCAUCACGGAUGUGAUCCUCCACUCUGAUUGCAAUCAAGACCGUAUGGCACUGACAUGGAUCGAGGACGACUCCUAAGAUGUUGACCUGAACCAGCAAGCACAGUCACCGACGGAGUUGUUAGUGUCGGUGCAAAGCACUUGCUCGAACGUUCAGAACGUUCAGCAGCCCAGCUGCAAGAUCUGCAAGAUGAAGCAAGGCAGCGAGAAGGGCGAGAACCGCUUCGACGGCACAAUCCCUUCAUGUAGGCAAGCUAUGGCGGAGCUAUGGCAGGAAUUCAAGCUUCGCCAUCGAGACUGCCCAAGCUCACAGAGAACUUCAUGUCGCAGAGGCACCUGUUUUAAUAUAUUUGAGCCAUAUAUGGCUAUAGUUCUACUUUGUUGCUGACCUGUGGCAAAGACGUGGGCAAAAAAA